AUGAGCGGCGCUGACUCUACGACGGGGCCUUGCCCGAGCGGGAGCCUCCGUCCCCUGCUGGAGACCCUGGAAGACCCCGCAGCCGCGCCGGCGGCGCUCACGGACGCGCUGCUGACCCUCACCAAGUGAGUGUCCGGCGAGGGCGGCGGGUCCCUCCUGCGGCCUUGCGGACAGGCGGGUCUCUGAGAGGGGAAAAGCCUGGGGGGGGGCGGUGAGUCUUAUCUCGCGGCCAGGCUUUAGCCCCGGUACCUGUUACCACCACACACACACCUGAGGGAUGAGAGAUGCUUAUUGCGUAAAGAGCGGGUUUUUUAUUUUUUAUUAGGUAGGGCUCCGACCCUCUUCGCUCCCUGGCCCACAGGAGGCGGGCAUCUCUCGAGGGCGGCGACGGGGGGGGGGGUUGCCGCCUGUCUGCUUCCCUUUUCGUCAAACAAAACUUCUCAGGGGCUGCGAGGCCGUGAACGUUUAAGUGCUUUGGAACCAUUUCGGUUGGACUUUUAACGACUUUCGAACGCACCUAAGCGUUUCGAAAAGGGCGCGCCGGCGAUUGCGCGCCGUCAAUCAGCUUGGGUGAUGGGAAGGAGGGGGAAAUUUGAGGGAGAGAGGGUUUCCAUGUUGGAAGUUUGCCUGCUGCACUGUUACAAGGCAGAGGAGCCCCCUCCCGAAGUGGGCGUGUGAUGUGGGUUUCUAUCUCUCUGUUUGGAGUUGCUAUGGGGAGGGGGGGGGAGUACGUUUCCUUUUUCUCUGGAAGGAGUAUGUGAGAGCUUCGCAUAGGCACCGGUGUGUGUCAGUUGUCUAAGAAUUAGAUUACUGUAUCUGUGUGCUUCUGUACUUAGCGGGGGUGGUUUUUCCUUUAAAAAAAAUAUAGAUCAGGUCUUUGUGCAGUCUUGAUUCUACUCAUGUUUACCUGAGGUAUCUAGGAAGUUGCUUUACAAUGAGUUCCUCUAGCUCAGAGUUGUCUACUUGGGCUGUCUUCAACUUUUUCUGACCUGAGACCCACUUAUAACCCAAACAUUCAUUCAUUCAUUUUUACUUAUUUGUUUUUAUUUGCAGGCCUUUGAUAUAAGGCCAAAGGGCAGUUUUGAACAUCAGACAGAAUAAACAUACAUAUGUUUUGUAAUGCAUAGCUUUAGGAAAGUUUUAAAUGUUUGAUGUGUUAUCACAUUUUUAAUAUUCUGUUGAGAGCCGCCCAGAGUGGCUGAGGAAACCUAGCCAGAUGGACAGGGUAUAAAUAAUAAGAAAUAUUAUUAUCCACACAGUACACAAAAAUUUAAAACAGUUACAUACAGUGAGGGGGGAAAGUAUUUGAUCCCCUGCUAAAUUUGCCCUCUGAGGAAGAAAUGACCAGUCCAUAAUUUUAAUGGUAGGUUUAUUGUAGCUGUGAAAGACAGAAUAACAACAGGAAAACACCCAGAAACCCAGAAGACAAAAGUCAGAGAUUGAUGUGCAUUAUAAUGAGUAAAAUAAGUAUGUUUUUAAUCAAGCUAUCAACCCGCCAGAUGUCAGGCUACCUGGUAUCUUCACUGUAUGUUACGAGCUGAGAUUAGAAGUACCUGCUGUAAGGAAGAGGUCUUACUUGUAAUCCCAGCUCGUUACAGUACUUGUACAAAAGACACCUGUCGACAGAAGCAAUCAAUCCAGCAGAUUCCAAAGUAGCCACCAAGACCAAAGAGCUGUCCAAGGAUGUCAGGGACAAGAUUGUAGACCUGCACAAGGCUGGACUGGGCUACAAGACUGUUGCCAAGCAGCUUGGUUUGAAGGUGACAACAAUUGAUGCAAUACAGUAAUUCGCAAAUAGAAGAAACACAAAAUAACUGUCAACCUCCCUCAGUCUGGGGCUCCAUGCAAGAUCUCAUCUCGUGGAGUUGCAAUGAUCAGGAGAACGGUGAUGAAGCAGACCAGAAGUACACAGGGGGAACUUGUCAAUGACCUCAGGGUAGCUGGAACCAUAGUCACCAUGAAAACGGUUGGUAACACACUACUCCAUGAAGGACUGAGAUUUUGCAGAGCCCGCAAGGUCUCCUUGCUAAAGAAAGCACAUGUACAGGCCUGUCUGCAGUUUGCCAGUGCACAUCUGAAUGACCCAGAGGAGAACUGGGUGAAAGAGUUGUGGUCAGAUGAGAGCAAAAUCAAGCUCUUACUCAUAAUGCACAUCAAUCUCUGACUUUUGUCUUCUGGGUUUCUGGGGUUUUUCUUGUUGUUAUACUGUCUCUCACAGCUACAAUAAACCUACCAUUAAAAUUAUGGACUGAACAUUUCUUUGUCAGAGGGCAAACAGGCAAAUUUAGCAGGGGAUCAAAUACUUUCCCCCCUCACUGUAUAGAGGUUGGCACACUUGCUGGUGAUCAAUUAAGCAAGGGCAUUUUGAUUAGCAGCCCCUGUCUGCUACUUAGCGUCUUAAUUUCUAUGGAAUCGGUAAGGGUGUACUUAGUUUUUCACAUAUGAUUUCACCAUCUUGGCUUUAUUUCUGUUAAAUGAAUUACAACAUGGUACACCAUAUGCCAUGCCUUGUUCAUCUGAGGUUGUAUUUACACAAUUUUUAGACCUAAGGAACAAAUGAUUGCUCCUGUGUCCUGAUAUUCAAAGAGGGUACACUUUUUUACCCAUGACUGUAUUAAUUUCUAGGGUUUAGCUCCCCCAUCUAUAGCACCAUCAUUCUGGCAAUGAUCUAUACUGUCUGGUAGCAGCAGUUCAGGAUUUCAGGCAUGGCUCUCUUCUAGCACUCCAUGGGGGUGUAAAGAAUUUAACUGGGGCCCUUUUGCAUGCAAAGUCUGUGCUCUCUAUCACUGAGCCACCACCCUCCCAUUGAAACUGAUAUAUGAGAAUGGCAAGCAAAAUAUAACCAAAUAUGCCAGUUUUAAUAUAAGUUCAACAUUGAUUAUGCUUUUUAAUUCCUUCACAUUAAGAAAUAGAGCCAAUAUAGAUGAAUAGGGUAGGGAGGUGGCACCUGGCUCAGUUACAACAAUUUUUUAAAAGUUCAUUUAGUAUGUCAUGCAGUCUGUGCAUGUAAACAUCCUCCUACCGUGUUAGCUGAGAAGAAGAGGAGUUUGGAUUUGAUAUCCCGCCUUUCACUACCCGAAGGAGUCUCAAAGCGGCUAACAUUCUCCUUUCCCUUCCUCCCCCACAACAAACUGUGAGGUGAGUGGGGUUGAGAGACUUCAGAGAAGUUUGACUAGCCCAAGGUCACCCAGCAGCUGCAUGUGGAGGAGCGGAGACGCGAAUCCGGUGCCCUAGAUUAUGAGUCUACUUCUCUUAACCACUACACCACACUGGCUCUAUGAGUCUUAGAUAAGUAGGAAGUAAAGUCUUAUCUAUGCAAGCGGUUGGCUAUUGUGUGCCAAAGGGUGAGCAUGAAGAACAGAUGCACGAUAGAAGUGAAUUUAAAUAUAUUGUUUUCAUUUACAAAGCUUGCUUUCUGAUUAGCUUUGUCAAGAUUAGCAUAUCUUAUGUGCCACUUUCAACCUCUGAGCCACCAAAUCAGCAUUAUUUGCAGUUCUCUGCAUCUUCACAGUGGCUGUAAAUGCAAUGGCUUGGAUCAUAGAUUCCCUGCUAAGUUUGCAGAAUUACUCCCCUUACACUCCCUUGACAAUCUAUUCCUGGGGGUUGGGGAAUGUGUGUGUGUGUGUGUGCAGGUUGCUGUUUGAGGGAGAAGUUCAUAGAAUUGUAGAGAUGGCUAUCCACCCUCUGCUUUAAACAUAUGAUGGAGAGUCCACCACCUUCUGAGGGAGCCUGUUCCACUAUUGAACAGCUCUUAUCACCAGAAAGUUCUUCCUGAUGUUGAGUUGAAAUUUUCUUUCUUGUAACUUGAAGCCAAUUCCGUCACUUGCAUGAACAGAGGAGCAAUUUAGGAUUCAUGCCAUUAUGUGAUACUUAGUAAAAUGUAAAGGAACCCUAGACGGUUGGUUGUCCAGUCAAAGGUGACUAUGGGGUUGCGGUGCUCAUCUCGCUUUCAGGCCAAGGAAGCUGGUGUUUGUCCACAGCUAGCUUUCCUGGUGGCCAGCAUGACUAAACCACUUCUGGUGCAGUGGAACACCGUGAUGUAAGCCAGAGUACAUGGAAACGACGUUUACCUUCUCACCACAGCAGUACCUAUUUAUCUACUUGCACUGGCAUGCUUUCGAACUGCUAUGCUGGCAGCAGCUGUACUUAGUAACAUAGUGACGUUCACUGUGUUUAAGAUCUAUGCAUUGGCUGCAUGCAAGUUUUUGUAAGUGAGUCAAUUUGCUGCUGUGAUCGGCCUUUAUUUGCCUCUCGUGUUCCUAAGGUUGUAUUGGCAUUUUUCUGAGAAUGCUCUUACUACCAGACUGUGUCACCGGUGACAAUACAUUUCUCUGUUUUUUGAAAACAGUUGAGAAAUUUGUAGAUUAGAUUAGUAGUUUUCAAAUGGCAGAAUGAAAUUCUUCUUGCUCCCACGCAAGUUUGUUUCAUAUCAUGGAGUUAAUGAACAUGACAUUCACCACAUUAAUUGGUGGUUAGACUUGCUUUUCUCAGACUUACAAUACUGUAAUGGCAUUGUGCAAAGGUUCUGUUCCAGGGGGUAGUGUAUAAAAGCAAAAAUUCAUAGUUAUAAUGACCUCCUGGAACUGUCCCCAUGUCUUGCCUUUCUGAUUGAGUGUAAGAGCUCUCAAAGCCCUCCAGAGGGCUCCCACAAUAUCUCAGAUGGCCCCUUCCAGCAGUCGCUCACAUGCCUUUUAUUUUUGGGGGUCAAGCACAUAAAGCUGUGAUUGCAUAAGUAAAAUCCAUGUAAGUUGUAUCCCUACUCUGUUUUGUUAAUCAAGUCUUCAAACACCGUGUGUUUUAAACAUUUUAUUUUUGUUUUUAAAUAUUUGAUUAUGUACAUUCAAUAGUGAAAUGAGUAGAAUUUGUUGUAUUACACUGUAACUUUCAUUUCCUUACUUUUAUAAUGCUUUUUAAAGAACUGAAGAAGCCUUCCCUGGGUUCUGUUUCUUUGGGUGGUGCUGGAGUGUGGAGGGAUGCUGGAAAAAGCAUUGCAGUGGCUAUUAAUAUGGGGAGGUAGGAAAAAGCACAAAUUGCUCUGUCAGUUAUGGUGCUGCAGUAUUACUGAGCCAAAAUUUAACAGUAAUAGCCAACUCCCUUGACAUUGUGUUGUUUUCAAUAGUAUCUUUACUUGCCAAGCAUAGUUUACUCUGUGCAACAGCCUGUUGCUUUUGAAAAUGAUAUAUACAGAAGAUGUGCCUUUAGCUUUUUAAUUUAGGUAAUUGCCAAAAUGUGCUUUUUUGUCUAUGUUGGGCUGUGUAACAGAAAACCUGUUGUGUUUUUCUACAUUUAAGUCGCCUGACUGGUGAAGAGGGAAAAGAAUUUGCAUCUGAAGUUGGGAAACUCUUCCCUCAGCUCUACAAGAUAUUUAAGGUGUGUAUUUAAAAUUGUAUGGUUUUUAGUAAAUCCUCUUUUUAAUAAGUAUCCCAUUCCAUGUAUAAAGGCUACUGAGCCUUUCCCUUUCUGCUAUUAACAUUCUCCCCCACACUCCAACCUGGUAGUUGCUACUCCCCAGUGGUAAUGACUACUACUUUUCCUUACCAUACUAGGUUUGUCAUCGACAUUUCUUUUUACACUUCAUGUGCAAUAAACUUGGUAGGACUAGCAGUUGACAGAAGUAGCAUGUGGGCAACCCUGGCAAAACCUCCAGAGCAGCAGCAGGUGGUGGUGGUGAGGUUUGUCGGCUGACAGGCCUGCACAACCCUUGUCCAUGGCUGAAACUAAAUGUCAAAGCUGAAUUCAGCUGGUCUUGUUUUUCUUCUAUUUAAGCAAAGCUAAGAGAUCCAUCCUGGUAAACUGUUGGCGAUUUUGUUCAUAGGCCCUUGUCAGAAGUAGACCUCUAUCGUUUAGUGGGAGUUCCUCAGCAGCUCACCAGCCAUGUUAGAAAUGGCUUCUGAAACUAUAUAUCCAUGUGUUUUUGAGAGAGAAGGAAAGAGGCAAGGAGCAGCUUUUAUGUGGCGUUAUGGAAUGCUAAGAUUUGGAGAUCCUGUAUGUUAAGAUCAGCUUUGGGAGCUGCUGUUCACAUGGAUCAGGUUAGGUUGGUGGCACAAGAAAUAGGGCCCUUCAUGGUAGAAGGGAAACUGUUGGAGUCUAAUGUAGCUGGACUCUGGUGCUCAGAAUGGAGAAGCAGUUAGCCAAUAAACUAGCUUUUGUAUCUGAGGGUGUAGCAUAUGCUAUAUUUUUUAAAGCAACCAAAAAUAGUAGCUGUUUUGCUUUUUAUUGACACAAUUUAAAAAUUCUGAACCAUUGCAGUUAUUUGUCAAUAAGUGUUGUCGACAUGAGUUAAAACUUUAUUCCUUCUUUUUGUAGACAUAUAUUCCUACUGAAAAUUCAGAAUUGAGCAGUGCAGCCUUGCAAGCCUUAGGAUUCUGUGUGUUUAACUCAAAGACUGCUGCUUUGCUAUGUGGUAAACAAUUUUUUAUUCUUUUUCAAAAAUUAAUAAAUAAUCCAAAUCUGCUUUUUACAGAUGUACUGCCAGCAGUAUCGUAAAUAUCAAUAGAAUAAAAUAGAUGUGGUAUUGUACUGUACGUAAUACUAUUCAUAUCAUGUUAUUUAGCUCUCUGGCCUGGUGUUACAAUGUGACUGAAUUGCUACAAGUUUCAAUGACUGUAACUCUGGCCCAGAUUUUUGCGACCUGAGUCUGGCAAGAAGACACGGCUUCUGGUUUCAGCAUUCUUCAGUGCCCUGUUCUGGGUCUGCAAAUAUUAGAAUCUGUUACCCCUUUUAUAUCAUCGUCAUGUGUGUCUUUCCUAUUUCAGAACACAAAAGCAGCAGUGCCUUAGAAUGAGUGAGGACUGCAUUAGUUCCUUCCCUACUGAGUUUGUGAUACUAGGCAUUAACAGCGAUUCAUGACCAUUGUAUCAUUUUCAAGCUUCCCCAUGUUUUACCACACUGAAAAAUGUCAUUUACCUUUUUCUACAGAAUCAGAAAUACAGGAGUUGCUGUCAAUAGUGAACAGUGUUGCUAUAAAGGCUGUGGACAAAAACACUCGCACUAGAGCACUUUGGGUGAUCUCUAAGCAGUCCUUUCCUUCUGAUACUGUUGGAAAGCUGGUGAGUGUUCUCUGUCCCAUCUCCUACAAAUAACAGUUUGUUAAACUAACAUGUUCAGUCACCCACAUCUCAUUUGUGUUUCAGGUACCCAGUAUUAUUGGUAUGUUAGAAACAGUGCUGAAUAAAGGAGACUUGCAGUCCAUGGUGGUUGAAUAUGAAGCAUUAAAUGUUAUUAUACGGUAUGUAUCAGGUGUUAAAUUGUUGAGCAAGUGUGUUAGAAGUGAGGAAGAAAAAACACUUCAGUAACAUCUUGGUCAGAUAAAAAAUCAGGGUACAUGCUUAGAAAACAGUUUGCACUCUGGGUGGUUAUUUUUCAAGUCACGAGGGCUAUUAAGUCAUUGUUGUAGAUGGUGAAUACCAUUUGCUGUUGUUGCAGUAUUGUAAAUGUUGGUAUUUCUCUCUUGUAUGGUUUGCUCUCUGCUGCAUCUGCUUCCCAACUUUCUAGGAAACCCUAGAAUUAGCUCAGUUGGUUAGAGCGUACCACUGCUAAUGUCAGGUUUGCAGGUUCAAUCACCAUACAGGCCCUCCAUAUUCCUGCAUGUGAAAUGGGGGUGCACCUUAGAGUGCACCAAUGACAGUGCACUACAGGGAAGAUUUGUAGUGGUGGCCAGACUGUCUUUUCUUACUGUUACUGAUCUUCUCCUUGAGAAGCUUUUUGAGACACUCUCCAGUUACUCAGAACACAGUGUGAUAGACACUGGUGAAGAAGACCAGUCACUGUUAACUACACAAUAUUUCUUACAAACCUUGGUCAUGCUGACAAAUAUAUCUGAACUUAGGCUCAUAGAACAGGCUCCAUCCCACAUGGAAGAACAGGCUGUAAAGUGGGCGAAGCUGAUUAUCCCUUUGGUUGUCCACUCUGCUCAUAAAGUGCAGUUAAGAGGUGCCACUGCAUUGGAGAUGGGAGUGCCACUUUUACUUCAGAAGCAGCAGGAGGUGGCAGCAGUCACUGAAGAACUUAUGACUACGGUAAUGAAGGCCAACAUCUUAUUUUUUAAAGGAUGGGUUUUAUGUUUUUUUAGAAUUCCACAUAUGUGCUUAAGGGCCUUGCCCACUCUAAUGAUCACUUCAUAUGACUCCCUACUCCUAGUUUUGCAUAUAUACUUGCAAAAAUAUUUUAUGAUGUCAUAAUUGCAUAUGAAAUACUACUAUUUUCAGGGCAUGAAGGUGAUAGCCCUCUCCCUCAUCACUCCCACGCCCUCCAGCAAGUAUUCAGUGUCAUUGCACCUCUGAAGAUUGGCUGUUUUAGUUAAUAGCUGUCAGUAGACCUACCUUCCACUUUAUUUUCAAUCCCUUUUCUAUUACUCCCUAGCACAGAAUUUGCUCUUUCACCGCUGGUGCACACACAGUUGACAUUUUUAUAGCCACCACAACCCCAAAAUCUCUUCCAUAGUUAGUCACUGCUGCAUCAAGUGGGGUCGGUGGGUGGGUGAGUGAGAGAGAGGGGGGGGAAAGAUAGAGGGGGGAAUCAUACAAACUAAUUUAGUGUUGGGUUAUUUUUAUAAAUGUUGUUGUUUGUACUCUUGCAGAAAAUAAUCCCAGAACUCCAAAAACUAUUCACAUCAAAAAAUGAAACAUAUGUUUUGAAACUUUGGCCUCUGUUUGUUAAGCUGCUUGGCAAAGUAAGUUGGACAUUGAUUUCUCUUGUUUCAGCUACUGUAGGUGCUGAUGAUAUGGAUACACUAACUGCAUAAAACAAUAUUUUACUCUUCCAGGCGCUUCAUCGUAGCGGAAGCUUUAUCAAUUCAUUGCUGCAAUUAGAAGAACUAGGAUUUCGUAGUGGGUCACCGGUGGUAAAGAAAAUAGCUUUCAUUGCAUGGAAGAGUCUGAUUGAUAACUUUGCUCUAAAUCCAGGUAGACUAAAAUACUAAGCAAUUUUGACUUAUUUCAUUAGCAUGCUGAAGUAGAGAAAAGAAAAUAAUUGUGCACCCUCAUGUGAUCUACUUCCUGUUUGGGAGCAAGUUCUGUUGAUUGCAGUUGAAUUAAUUCUAAUGGGGUGCUUGAGAUCUCUGUUUCAGCUUAGUAGCAACUUGUGUGUGCAAGUGAAAACAGUGGGGAGUUGUUAAAUGCUGCACUCGGGGCACCCAUCAUGUCAAUAGUUAGUCUCUAUGCAUGUGAGAGUGAGGUCUGGCCCUUUUGAAUAUGCUGUACAUAUCUUGCUGCAUCAAUAACAAACACAGCCAGCAGUUUGCCACCAACAGGUAGACUUUUGCUUUUUUUGGUGAAAAGGGACCAAAGGUUACCUUCACAUGCAUAAAAAAAGCAGGAGUUAGAAUCAUGGAAUUGUAGAGUUGGAAGGGACCAUGAGUGUCAUCUAGCCCAACCCCCUGUAAUGCAGGGAUCUUUUACCCAAGGUGGGGCUGAAACCUACGACCCCAAGAUUAAGAGUCUUAUGCUCUACCAGCCCAGCUGAAUUAAGUUGCUACACAAAUACAUGUGAAAUUCUUAGGAAUGUUAAGUACUUCAUUCGUUCCGGAAGUCCGUACUUAACCUGAAACUGUUCUUAACCUGAAGGACCUCUUUAGCUAAUGGGGCCUCCUGCUGCUUCCGCGCCGCCAGAGCAUGAUUUCUGUUCUCAUCCUGAAGCAAAGUUCUUAACCCGAGGUACUAUUUCUGGGUUAGCAGAGUCUGUAACCUGAAGCGUAUGUAACCUGAGGUACCACUGUAUUAGGGAAAGAUCUGAAAGGGAGAUUCCUGCUGUCUUUCCCAUGAGCUGGAGCCCUGUGUUAUAGAAUUAUUAUACAGUGGAACCUCGUGUUACGUACCGUCUUCCUUACGAGUGCCUCGAGUUACGAGCUCCACUGACCCGGAAGUAGAUGCCCCUAGUUGCAAACGUUGUCCUGGGAUGCAAGUGGAAGUUGAGCGCUGGCGGUGCGGCAGCAGUGGGAGGCGCCAUUAGCAAAAGCACGCCUCAUGUUAAGAAUGGUUUUGGGUUACAAAUGGACCUCUGGAACGAAUUGAGGUCGUAACUGGAGGUACCACUGUAUAGUUUAAAAGUGUGCUGGCAAAUAUCUACUCAUCUGCAUUUUUAAUGAAGGGAUCCAGAAAUGACUAUAAGUAAAAAAAAAAAAAAUUUAAAAAACCCCAUCAAAUACUUCCAAAGAUUUUGGAUACUUUGGAAAAGGUGAGUAGGUUCAGACCUCUGUAUUGCAUCUCUGAUUUCACAAAUAAGUAAACAAGUAAUAAUCAAGUUGUUGUGGUCUUGAAAAAAAAGUUCACCUGAAGUUGAAGCCACAAUUCCUCUUUUGAGUUUGAAAACUGAUUUUAACUUUAAAUCACAUGUAACAAAACUAAGUUUCGUUUUCUUCCCCCAAGAAAUCUUGUGCAGUGCAAAAAGGCUGAAAUUGCUAAUGCAACCACUGAGUUCCAUUCACGUGAGAACAGAAGCUCUGGCACUGACAAAGCUAGAGGUCUGGUGGUAUUUACUGAUGAGGUUGGGACCUCAUCUCCCAGCCCACUUUGAACAGGUAAUCUCAUCUUUUAUAUUAGCGCUAAUAUUAACACUAGUUAAAGCAGGUUUCCCAAAAGGUUCUUAGCUUUGUUUUCUCUUAUUUGACUUGUGCAUUAACUUCAUUGGGUCUAGUCUGAUUAGGACUAGUAUUGAAUACCACCCUUACCUUCAUAAUGGAGAAUUUAUAGUUAUGAUAUGUUGAGUAGUUGUUAGGAACAGAUAAGACCUAAGAGACCAAAGUUCAGCUCUCAAUUCAGUCAUGAAGUUCACAGGAUGAUCCAGUUACUGUUUCUCAGCCUAACCUUCCUCACAGGGUGGUUGUGAGGCUAAAACAGAAAGAAGUAUGGCCAUGUAAACCUUGAACUACUUGGAGAAAAGGUGGGAUAUAAAUGUAAUAAAUAUGUGAUUAAAGCUGAUCUACAGAAACCAUUAAACCAGAGUACUUGGAUUUAUGCUGAUUUUAGUUCAAUUGAGCUGGCUGAACUAGUUUGUGGGUGGCAUUUAAUAUUAGUGCCCAAAUGCAUCACUGUUGCCUCUUACUGUCGAAACUAUGGAGCCUUAAGCACACUUACUACGAUCAUGGAACUACAAGUACAGCUGAAGUCUAUUAAAACCUUCUUUUCAUUCAUGUGCAGAGGCUGGCAAUACUGGAUUUUACCUACAUUAUCCUAGUGCUAGAUAAAGACUUAGUAGAUUCCUACAUGUAAGUCUGUUGUUUGUUCAGGCAGUUUAGCCCCAACCUGUUAAGUUGCUUCUGUUUGUGCCUCAUGCUAUUUUUUUCCCUUUUAGGUUUGUGUGCCAUUGAUUCAGAGCACUCUAAGCUUAGAUUCCGUUCUACAAGGAAAUUCAUCACGGUUAGCUAUUAACCAGAGUUUACUAACACAGGGCUCUGCACACAAAUCAGGUAGGAGGGAAAUCUCUUUCUGACUAUGAUUCAGAUGCAACAAAUCUGAAAUCUAAAAAUUCAAAUACUGUGUUUAAUAUCAUGGGGUUACAUAUGCAUGGAGUUAUCCUUAGCACCACCUACCCUGUUGUAAUGGAUAUAUUUCAGUUUGUACAGCCUCAUAUGGAAAGGUUCUUCAGUAUGUGUACUUAAUAAUUUGUCUUUUUUGCACAUUUGUUGCAUCUGGAUCAUAUCUCCAGUGUAUUAAACUAUAAGAUUCUGUGGCUACAGUCUUUAAGAGCUCUUGCAAUUACUUCUCUAAAACAAAUGUUCAGACUACAUGUAAAGCUUUGAGAUUAGCAGCAUAGUCUGAGCCUCUUUUUGAAAUAGAAGCCAUGGUUAAGUCUUUUGAUCUCCCCUCCCCCAAAAACCAUUUGUUUAUAUAUCAUUUUUGUGUUUUUUCGUGUAUAUAAAAGUUUCUGUGGUUCAAGUAAUGUACUACUGGUUUUAUUUAGGUGCUUUCCCCAAUGGAACCCCUGCAAAUCAAAGGAUGAGCCUGAGUUCUAGUACAGGAGUUACAGCCAUUCCAUCAAUUCAACUUCUAGGAAUCGAAAUGCUACUUCACUUUUUCAUGGGACCAGAAGUUUUGACGUUUUCCAAAGAAAACAACAUUGCACUUAGUUUAGGUAAUGUUAUACAUUUUUUGGAAAGUUCAAGCAGCUUAUAAUACUACAACACAAGUCUAUGCUGCUCUGACAAUUGAUAAGAAUGAUAGAACUUGUGCUUUCUCUUCCCACUUAGAACCUCUUCAGCACUCAGUAAUCACCAGUCCUUCGUUCUUCUGUAAGCAUGCCAGCACAUUCAUAAAUGCAGUUCAGGAUGGCUUCAUUGCAGUUGGAAAAGAUGCUUCUGGUAAGAUUACUUCCCCCCCUAAAAAUAUUGCUUCGUGCUAUGCAAGUUGAUAGAAAGGAUUCUUCUAAAUGGGCAGUAGUCAAAACUUGAUUUAUCUAGCUCUUCAUUGGGUUAUUAUUUUGCCCUUAAUUCAUUCUCUGUCUUGCAGAUACUAGUCUAAGUGCUAUAUGGAAGGCAAUGAUUCGUUUUGUGAAAGGGGCAAUUGAAUCAGGUAAGUGAAUAUAUUAAUGUUCUGGUGUACGCUAUAAUAAAAGCUUAUGAGGAUUAUUGGAAAGUAAGAGUGUGGACAAGUAAGUGCACCAUCCAGGUAAAAGUAUUCUAGGGAUAAAGAACCUGGCUCUAACACUCAGUGUCCAGGAACUGGUGCUAACUUAAACUGAGUAACAAAUGAUAGAGUUGAAAAACAAAUACGUUUUUCAGUUCUGCUUACAGCUGUGUCUAAACAAAUUGGUAGAACAUUUAACAUGAACAAAGUGAAUUCUAGGCCACUAUUUCUAAACAGCAAUAAUUUACCUGAAAGCAGAACUCAGUUUAAAACUUACAGCAAGAGCAUUAAUGCAGCUCUGUCCUUUAAGGUGGGCAGUGCUGCAGGUUUUGCAAGACCAAAUUGUAUUCAAGGCCUAAUUUUGCUUCGCUUGUUUUUAGGGAGCAAGAGAGAACGGCAAAGCUCAGACGUACUCACUAUGUUACUUCAGGCCUUAAAAAACAUUGUUGUGUCAAAUGAACUAUCAGUGUUUAAGUCAAUGGUAAGUUGUUUAUUAUAGUCUAUAAGUGUUUAUAUAGCUAUUAAAUUAUGAUAAGAGGCGGCAUAUCUACAGAUUAUGAUCUCUGAACUGGUCCCAUUGGACAUUGUUUGGGUCAGCAUUUGCUCUGGUGAGUAGUGCUUGCUCCCAAUGCUGAUACUCAUUAAGCUAAUGUGCUAUACAGCGCUUGCUGCUUAGUUGGCACAGGAUUUUCGAGCUAAGUAUCGUUGGAAUUGGUCUUUCCAGUCUUGUAGAUCACUGCUUGUUAAUCCUUGAAUUCCCCUUUGUACCCCAUAACCUCAUGAAACAAGAUGAAUGUUUUUUUCUCACGUUUACAGAUAAGGUUUAGUAUUCAUGCUACGUAACUAUUUUAGAUGAAUAACUACGUUUCGUUUCCUCCUUUAGUCCCUGAUAGAAAUCACAAUCAAAGAACUGCCUCCAAAAGUACUAGGAUCCCCAGCCUAUCAGGUUGCUGACAUGGAUCUUCUUAAUGUAAGUGGGCUUUGUGUGUGUAUAAAGCUUAUCCUACCCAUCAUGUCACUUGUACAAUAUAUAAUAGGCAGAUGACCUUUGUUCUCUUGACAAAGCAUAACUAGUAAGACGCGUGUAUGCUUUAGCUAGAAAUGUUUCUGAGUAUUUAUAUAUACUACAGCAUAGUAUAUAAGGAGCCUGACUCCUUUUCUUUGAGUAGUGACCAUACCAGAAAAUAUUGGCAGGAGUCGCAUGGAGGGCUCCCUGUUUAAAACAUUAACUAUUUUAGCCUAAGAUCACCAAGGUUCUAUUAGUAAGAAAAGCUGGAAAGAGAGAUAUUGACAUUUCUAGGGCGCAACAAAAUACAAUAUGCCUUGAAUAUAAAAAAGGUAAAGGUACCCCUGACUGUUAGGUCCAGUCGCGGAUGACUGUGGGGUUGCGCACUCAUCUUGCUUUAUUGGCCGAGGGAGCCAGCGUACAGCUUCCGGUUCAAGUGGCCAGCAUGACUAAGCCGCUUCGGGCGGACCAGAGCAGCGCACAGAAACGCCGUUUACUUUCCUGCCGGAGUGGUACCUGUUUAUCUACUUGCACUUUGACGUGCUUUCGAACUGUUAGGUGGGCAGGGACCGAGCAACGGGAGCUCACCCCGUGGCGGGGAUUCGAACCACCGACCUUCUGAUUGGCAAGCCCUAGUCUCUGUGUCCGCGUCCCUUGAAUAUACCAGUUUCUUAAUCAUAAGCUGAAUGUGUAUCUGAUUGUAGCAUCAAGUGUAGCAUUUCUGAGAUCAGAGAUCAUAAAUAGAUUGUUAUAGCUGAUUAAUAGCCCUUUAAGGGCUUCAGGUUUUUCCCACUAGCUCGCUUUCUUUGAAAAAUUUCUUUCCAAAAGUCUUAUACAAGGUGUGACCGGAAAGUUUGGUGAAUGGUCACAGAAAUUGGACAGCGAGAAAUAUUCAAACAUGAAUGCCUUGCAGGCCUUCAAAGUAGGCCCCCUCUGAUACAACGCACCGUUGACAACGUUCGUAGAACUGUUGGAAACUUCUGGAGUAGUCCACUUUUCGUACUGCUUUCAGUUCCCUCGUCACAGCAGCUUGGAUGUGUGAAAUGUUGGAAAACCUGUGCGCUUUCAGUCAGUUUCAGUUUUGGAAAAAGAAAUCCGGUGGGGCCAGAUCUGGAGAAUAUGGAGGGUGGGACAACUCAGUAACACCAGUAAUGAUUUCACGCAGAAUAUGCAAUUCUUCCGCCAUCAUUCAGAUGGACGAACACUGAUUCCACAUCAAUAACUCACAAACUCUCUCGACAUUUGCUCCUGUUCUGCUCGUUGAUGGUCUGCCAGACAGGGUCAUCUUCGAUGGUUUGCUGCCCUUCACAGAAAUGCUUAAACUACUCAUACACUGUCUUUCGAGUUACAGCUUCAUCUCCAUACACAAUUGUGAGCAUUUUGUGGGUUUCCGAUGCUGAUUGUAUGUUCAAAUCUUUCUCGCUGUCUGAUUUCUGUGACCAUUCACCGAACUUUCCAGUCACACUUUGUAAUUGCAUAUGAGCACAGUGAACACAGAUCACAUCGUGGGAUUGAAUCAUUUAGCAAUGAUCUGUUCCUUGAAACUGAAACAUAAUUGUUGACCCCUAUAGCUUAAUCCAGCGAACAGGUGUUGUUGAAGCUUAUACGGGAUAGAAUACGUAAGACAGAAUAGAGCCAUAUGUUUGUGAAAUAUUGCCAAACAUAGCAGACUUGUUGACUAAGUAUUAUGGCUUUUUUCCUUGCCAGGGGACUCCAGCAUUGUUUUUAAUUCAGCUUUCUUUCCAUGAAGAUCUGUUGAAAUGUUACGUUCAAGAUGAAAGGUAGGUACUAAGAGCAAAGCUUUUCUAUACCCUGGUAUUUAUAUAUCCUAAUAUCUGAAUUCAUUUGGGCUGAUCUGAUUACCAUAAUCUUCUGCUUUAAAAUGUAACUAAUAUUUUUCUUUUCCUCCUCAAUCUAUAAGUCAAAGUUAUUACAACUUUGUUGAAUGAUGUAGUUGCUAAAUAAUUUGAAGUUGCUGAGUGUUUCUUCUGUUUUCUUUUAAAUCAGGUUUUUCUUGAACUAUGAAUCACUUGUAGGAUGUGUUUUGUCUGGCCCUACAUCUCCUCUGACUUUUAGUGAGUCUGUAUUCACAAUUGUCAACCAAAGCUCAAAGUAUCUGGAAAAUAAGGAACAUCUCUGGAGAAUGUGGAGUAUUAUAGUUAACCCCUUAACUGAGUGGAUUAACCAGGUACAGUGUGUUGGUUCUGCCUAAAUGACUAUACAUGGAAAUACCAAAGAAUGUACAUUGCUGGAAUUGCAUUUUAAAAGUAUAGUGUCUGUAAAAUGAUCUCGGAUCCAGUCAGGCACAAAAAGCCAGAAUUCCCAUGUGUCUUAAUGAUGAUGCAUGUCUAGAGUAAAAGUGAAAAAUAUUUUGGAAAAACAAAGCUAAGGAUAACCAGGUUUCUUUGAGUGUAUAAAGUUCAGUUGUUGUUUUUUCCCUUUAGACAAAUGAAGUAAAUCAAGGUGAUGCUUUGGAACAUAAUUUCAGUGCACUUUACAGUGCAUUGUUGCUCCCUGUGAAUACCAUAUUCCCGUGUUCUGAAUUUCCACAGGUAAGAAACUAAUUGGAUUUUUUUUAAAAAAAGAAAGAAGUGUGUGUAACACUAAUCUUAGAUCAGAAAGUACUGUGAUCUCUGCUUCUUUUCUUUCAUUACAGCCUACAAUGAAAACAUUGCUCCGUUCCUGGUCAGAGCUCUAUAGAGCAUUUGCCCGUUGUGCUUUGCUGGUAGCAACAGCAGAAGAUAAUCUAUGCUGUGAAGAACUCUGUGCUAAAAUAAUAUCUGGAUUAGAAGAUGAAGCAGAUAUUGUAAGUACAGUGAUCUGUGCAGGAGGCAUGUUCGCAACCCGCAGCGCCGCGUCUGCACACGCUCGGGUUGCGAUUUGGCACUUCUGCGCAUGCACGAUUUAGUGGUUCUGCGCAUGCACGAUUUAGUGGUUCUGCACAUGCGCGAGCGCCAAAAUCCAGAAGUAAACUGUUCCGGUACUUCGGGUUUGGCGCAGUGCACAACCCGAAGCAUCUGUAACCCAAGGUAUGACUGUAUAGGCUGCUGUUAAUACAAAAUGUGGUUGGUGUUUAUGUAAAAUCCUAUCCCUUGUCUUUCUUUCUAUACUGAUGUGGUAAAUAUAUUUCUUUUCUUUCAGAAUCAGUCCAUGUUGGAUGGCCUCACUCAAAUCACGUCAGUUAUGGUUGACUGCAUAAAUUUUGCACCUUAUGGCACUAAAUACCAACCAUCAAAUAGAUGUAAGGAUAAUAAGUGGAAUCUGCAACUAAAUGUUGCAUUGGGGAGGGGUUCAUUCCAUUCCGUUCCUUCUCCUGAUUUUCUGAUACUUCCUCUCUCUUCCCUCACCUCCACACCUGGUCAGUCAGUUUUUCUUGCCCAGUGAGCCUGCUCAGUCCUCAUUUGAGUGUUUCAGGAUUUCCCCCCCUCAGUGUUUUUUUUCUAAAGUUUUUUUUGGGUGCUUCUGCAUCGUUGGGGUUUCCUUAUUCCUGCUGCCUUCUUCUUGUGCUUGAGUGUUGUUUUCUUAGGCUAUGUAAGAAUUGGCAUUCAUAAUAUUGAUUUCAAAUGUAUCCAGGCUUCCUGUAUUAUGAAACAGGGAGCUGCUGAGUUGCUGUACAUGUUUGGUCAGUUUACUGUUUUGACAGUUGAAUUGAUUGUGUUGAUUAAGAGCUGUUCUCAGACUUCUAGUAACAAGCUUCUUAAAGUUGUAUAGACACAAGUUGUUUGGCAGUUUGACAUAAAUUCUGAAGCCUCUACUGAAGUCAGCAGUGCAGUGAACUACUUUUAAAGUUAGUCUGGAUUAAGUUCUUCAGCUGUGCUAUUAAAUACUUUAAGUAAAAUGCUUGUUAUGAUGGGAGGCAGGGUACGUGUGGAGUGGGGGGUCUUGAAACUUGCCAGGAGUCCCUGGGGUGUAUGUGUGUGCACCAUUCCCUUACAUGGGAGAAUAGGCUUUAUUGCUGUAUUGCCCUCCUCUUUUGGAAGGGCUGUUGCACAUGGUUAAGAGGUGAGCAGGCCAUUAGGAUCACAUGUACGUUUCCCUCCUCUGAAGAUUCCUUCAUCCUAUCCCAUUGCCCUUAAUCAUCUGCUGUGAUGUUAAUUACAGCUACUUCAUGUUCUAGAAUUUAAAAUAUGGGAACAGAAAAGGGAAGGGAGUACACGAUCUCCAAAUGAACUCUUAACCCUGUACAAGGAAUAUAGCUGUAGUAUUGAAUAACACACUCAAUAUUCAGCAUGUUCCAAGGGAAAGGGAAAGGAGGAAUGGUAUUUAUAAAUAGAUGCAGGUGUGAUGGUCCUUGCUAUUUAAACCUUAACUUUAAUAUAAACUACCUUAUUUGCUAAAAUAAAUGUUGCCAACUUAACAUACUGAUCCUUAGCCCCACAGAUGCCUGCAGACUGGUCCAAAAAGAAAAAAGAUCCCCUUGGCAAGCUGUCGUCCUUAAUUAAACUUUUGGUGAUACUAGUAAACUCACUUCAGAUGAUUGUGUCCAAGGAAUCCAGCCCUGAAAGAAAGACCUCUAUCAGUACUUCCGUUAUUGGUGCUCUUCAAAAUAUCAUUGGCCACAUCUCCCUACCUUCAGUCAUCAGGCCUCUGUUCAGAACUAUUGCGAAACCGUUAUCAGCAUUUUAUGAAAAAAUAAAGUGAGUGCUCUGCUAUAUAGCUAUGCAGUACUGACUUUGCAGUUGUAUACUGCUUUUGUUACUAUGGCUAACCUGUUUCAUACAUGUGAUUGAAAUACCUUAGGAAACCUACAUGGCUAUACCACUAGUCCAGUGGUGUUCCAGAGGUACUUUAUUGAUGCUACAUUGAGAGUUGGAUAGCAGCUUACGUAGCACCUUGAUGCAAAAGUUCCAUUUGCAAUCUGUAAUCAGAUUUAUUAAUUUUAAAUUUUACUUUUACAACUGUUUUUAAAAAUAUAUUUAACACAAGUAUAAACUGCAGAGAGCACACAGUUUUAAGAGAUGUCAUUUCCUAUGACACAGAAGGGGGAGGGAUACUUUUUUUAAAAAAAGGAUGCCUCCUUAAGAGAUGUGUGCUUCAUCCAAAAAUAGGAAAGUACACCACUUGCUUCAGAGUUACCUUUCUAUCAAUAUACAAGUUUGGUCAGUCAGCCGAAGCUCAUUGAUCAAACUGAGAGUUGCUUAAUUGGGUGAUAGCCCUAAAAGCUACAGGAGGCUAGAAUCAACUGCUUACUGAAAAGUCACUCUUGGCAGCCUUGAUUUGGUUGGCUAUUUGAUGUGUCCAAAAAUGGUGUGUUUCUUUAAAUGUGUAUAAAUGUUAUGGUUAUGAUAAAAUUACAAUACUAUCCAGUUUUUGAAUUUUUUGCUAUAUUGAGCUUCCUCCUGCUAUUGAUUGAUUGAUUGAUUGCCCUUCAUCUUAGCAUAAAGGGCAGGUCACAGCUUUAAAAACAUUAUUGAAAACACUUUGCCACAAUUGUAAACUAUAAAAAUAAGCUACUCCCAGAGCUUUUUUUGGCUAAGGGGAUAUGAAUGCUGUAACCAGUAAAUAAAAGAAAUAAAGAAGCAGAGGUUAUUCCUUAUAUGAAUACUCAUCAGUUAUCUCCUUUCCCCCAUCAGGUCCACUAAUGCAUCUAAAAUGACCAAUGGGCUCAACAACAAGGUAAUUUGGACUGGGGGUGGUGUGAAGCUUUUCUGUCUCUUGAAUACAUUUUUUAAUACCAUGCAGCCUAAUAGCAUAAUUCCAUAAAAGGAGCUGCCCUUGCACAUAGUGUAUAAUGGAUGUGUGUGUUGUACCAGCAUCUCUGUUGUGCUACCACAGACUUCCCUAGUUCCUUAUAAUUAUGUGGGUGUUGCAUGAUUAAACCCAGGCAAGGAAUUACCUAAUCCAUGCAUGGAGUUUGGGGAGGGGAAAAAACUUGUAGUAAAUAAUUGCUUCAUUGUGUAUUAUUUGGGUCUAGUGUGGGAUUUUGCCAUGAUCUCCUAUGCCAUCUAGCCUAGAGGAUAGGGCUCCGGGGUUGUAAACAGCGUUCCAAGAACUUCCUUAUAUUAUUGGCCUUCUUGUUUUAAGUUUUACAUUGUAACUAAGUAGACAAUGCUUAGCCCAUUAUCUGCUGUUAACACCUUUUGCAGCUAUAACCUUUUUGAUACAUUUUUUUAUUCUAUUUUCCAGUUUGAAAAGUUAUUGGCAGAAAGUAUUAAUUGUUUUCAGUCUUCCUAUGCUGGAUCCUUUGACAGUGAGCUGCUGCAAGAGCUUUCUCCAUUGCUGUGCAUAAUGCUUUUGCACAAGAAUAAACAGCUACGUAGUCAAGCGGCUCAGUUCUGGAAUGCAACAUUUGGUAAAGCUGUAGUGCUGACGUACCCAGAAGAAUUAAAGUAAGAAUUUUGUAGCUUGUGAUAUACCUAUAGACUUGUGCACAAACUCAUUUACUUGUGUAGAGCCUCCAUCCCAGCUCCUGGCCAAUCUUAAAAGCAUUCUUAUCCAUUUUCCAGUCUGCUAAACAUGAAGCACUUCUAUUGGAAGUAUUUUGUUGGGGGAACUUGAAAAAUGGUAAAUGCAUAUGAAAGCAACUAUAUCAUAACUGUCCUGAUGUGGAGUUGUGUCACUAUGACAGUACCUUUAAUUAAAAACCAAAAGAACUCUUUAGACCAUGCUUCCUCAACCUUGGCCCUCCAGAUGUUUUGAGACUACAAUUCCUAUCAUCCCUGACCACUGGUCCUGCUAGCUGGGAUCAUGGGAGUUGUAGGCCAAAAACAUCUGGAGGGCCGAGGUUGAGGAAGCCUGCUUUAGACGCUGCAUAGCUGAGCAGAAGAAUGGGUAGAGGAAAGGGUGGCUUAACCCUGCCUCUUGUGUAGGCCUUCCUGUACAAAAUUUCAUGUAAGGACAACAGCAGCUUCGAAUGGAACUUUUUGACUAGAACUGCUUUCUCCUUUUUUCUAUCACUCCUCUGGUCAAGCUAAUAAAUACCAGGUUCCUUCUAGUGGUUCUUUUUGGUUGGGGAAAGGUUGAUGUUGACUGACUGUUAAUUACUUCUGAUUUGGGAUUAAUGAAGUAACUUGUACAACGGAAGCAAAGUAAUAGUAUUGCUUGUCCUCCAGAACUUCAUAAUUCGCUUGGCGUUUCACACAAUAAACUAGUAUAGACUUCAUAUACAGACAAUCAAAACAGGUGAAAGUUUUGCAUAGUGUUUGGGUUUGGAUAUAGAAUACCAAGCUGCAUCAUCUUGAAAAUGCAUUGUAGCUAGCAACCCAAAGCUUCAAUCUUUGCUUAUAAGUUUUCAAGUGUAAACAUGGUGCCAAAAACUAAUUGUUCGAAGUCUGAAUAUCAGAUUCAAAGAUUUUAAAUGCAACUUUCAUGAUUGCUUCCCUGCAGAUGUGUUUUGUGCCAAGCCAAGCAAAAAAAUUUACUCUCGUUGCCUGGCUUUGAAAACACGGACAUAGUGGGAGAAUGUAACGGGACAUGCUCUGAUUCUGUAAGUAUUAGGGUUUGGCAUUAGUUGUAGUAAACCUUUUUAUUUUUCUGAGUAAAUAGGUCAAAAUGCACACCUUCAUUCAGUUUACAAUUGCUAAAGUAGGAGUGUGGUGGGGUUUUUUUGUUUAUUAAAGGUAGUUGCAGAUAAAUCUGAGGAGAAACUUAGUUGAUAGCACUUCUGACAAUCUGAAUUGGUGAAACUAGGACCUCUUCUUCCCACAUGAACUUCGUUUAUCUGAGACUUUUCUCUGUGUCCCUCCAAGGGAGAUGCAGAGGGUGUUGGCAUGAGAACAGGCCCCCACAGUGGUGGGUCCCCAUUUAUGAAAUGCUCUCAACGUGGCAAGCAAUAACAUUACUUUUCCACCAAACCUUUGGCCUUUAAUUACCUUUGGCCUCAUUCAGUGAUGGGCUUUCUUAGUCCUGCCCUUCUAGUUUUUAGCUUUCACUUUGUUUUAGUUUCAUAUUGUUCUUCAGUUAUGUGCUAUUUUUGUAAGUCACUUUGAGUUACUUUUCAUUAAAAAGCAACUGAUAGUUCACUUAAUUGUGUUCUUACUGUAAUUAUUACUAUUAAGAAAUAAUAAUAAUAACUUUAUUUAUAUGCCACCCAUCUGACUGGGUGAGCCCAGCCAUUCUGUGGUAAUAGUACAUUACUCUUAUUAAAUUGUAGUUUAAUAGUAAGAACUACAGUAAGAACUCAAUUAAGGUAUUAUAAUAACUCUUAUUAAAUUUUAAUUUUGUUACAGCAAACAGAGAAUUCCCAGUGGGAUGCAAAGAUUAGUGGAAUAGAAGUAAAUCCUAGUGGGAAAAGAGACUCCUUGCUGGCACAGACCAGUGAACUAAAGCAGAAAAGUAUUAAUUCCCCCGUAACACCUGCAAAGGUAAGACAUCAGUUCAUUAAAUGAAAUUGUUUCUUAUUGGCACUUACAUCUCCAGUAAUAAUACCCAGUUUUUUCUAUUCUAAGCAUCAGUUAUUUUUCUUGUUGAUAAGGAGAGCUGAAUCAUGUAGGUAUGGGGCUCACUUGAAGAUUGCGGUGGAAUUUGCAACUGAUUAUAGACAGAAUCCAUUUGUCUCCCCAGAUGUGAACAGAAACCAUUUUCACUCAGCCACAGCUCAAGGUUUACAGCAUUGUCUAAUAUGUACUGUUAGUGUUCAUAAGCAGCAAAUUAUCUACACUCUUUAUUUUUAUUUUUUCUCAUGCAGCAGAUGAAACUAGAAAACUCGCUGACAAAGACAAAUCGAAAAAACUUGCUCCUGGAAGAGGAAAAUACUGUUGACUUCGUGUUUAUUCCUCCAGAAACAAAAGAGAGAGUGUUGACAGAGCACCAAAAAGAAGUGCUAAGAACUAAAAGGUUUGUAACUUAGUAACUUAAGAGUGAAGAAAUGCACAUUUUCUGUGUGCCACCAGGUCUGAAACUUUCUAGGUAGCUCAUCUUCAUUGCCAAGAGCUGGCAGAAGAAGAGCUUCCAAGUUGGUCCCACUUCCUCUGCCCAGCUAGGUUCACUAACCAAUAAGGGAGCUUAUUGCAACCCCUGGGUAGAAUGGUUCCUACACAGGCCCUAGAGUAAGCCUUCAAAUUUGAACAGUUGCUAGCUUAAAAUGCCAUUCUUUAUCAAAUGUAUUAGGACUACUCAUUUUAUUGGAAUGUUGACCAUUUCUAUUUUUUGCAGGAUUGAUAUUCCUACAAUGUACAAUAAUCUUGAUGCAUCCCAAGAUACUACCUUGUUUUCCCAAUAUACACAGAGCCAGGAAAAUUAUCCGUAAGUAUUAGGGACCAACAGUGCUUUGAAAUGUAAAAUGUUUGAGUUUUCCGUGCAUCUAAGUAAGUCACCUUUAUUUUAGGGAUAAGCCAGCCUCUGUGGAUAUGAAGGAAGAAUCUGAAAAGGAAGAGAACAAAACAAUGCUCCAGGUAUCUUCAUAUGUUGACAGUUGCUGGGAAUUGAUAGUAAUGGUAUUUUUUUUAAAAAAAUCUUUAUAAAGGACUUAUAGGGAAAGGGAUGUAGUGUAUAGCUGGAGUAAAGCACAUGUAGCUGCUGACACAUAUCCUUACCAAGUGUCAAACUAACAACCACAAAAAGGUUUAUAUUGACAUCUGAAACAUUAUUGAAGUACAUUGGAUGGCUUUUACUUCCUUUUUGAGUGAAGGCAUAAGCCUAUCUGCACCCUGCCAUGGUGCCUUGGGAUGUAUGGGUUGCUUCUGCUAAUGGCUUCAGGCCUUCCAUUAUAGAAAGUGCAUAGUCUAUACUUGAACGCUGUCACCAAUUUCUAGUUGGAACAAAUGACUAGAUUUUUGAAGCUAGCAAACUAAACUGUUUUAGUGAAUAAUUGGAACUGUCAACCCCUCCCCCUGCACAUGUUUUGCUGGAUUUUCCUGCAUGUUCUUACCUGGAACAAAUUCUGGAAUUGCAAAAAACACAAUUAAAUUGUAAUGCUUGCAAUUUUGGUAAAAUAACAGGAAAAGUAUCCAAAGUGAUUUAGUGAUAAGACUUUUUCUUUCUUUCUUUUGUUUCUUUACGAUAACUGUUGGACAAGGAUAUGACCUGAAAGUGCAUGAUGUAGUAACUUUGCUGUAGUUAAAUAGAUCUGGCUGUAUGAAUGCCUAGAACUGGCACAUAAUAAUGCCUUGAGUUUCGAGGAAAGGUGGGAUGUGAAGUAGCCAGUAUAGUCAAAAAAUGUAUAAUGACACUAAGCUAUUUUCAAUGCAGGAUGAAAAAGCAGCAAGUGACUUGCUUGGCACUGCCCAUGAAGGAACUGAAAGUGGGAAGGCAGAUGUACUUCCAGAGAACAAUAAUUCCAUCAACGCUGAACAGCUUACCACUUCUGGCAAACAGAGCUUAGAUCCAAAUUGUGAGAAAUUGGAAACAUGUGCUCCUAAAUCAGUUCCAGGGGAGACUUCAGUAUUGGAUUGUUCUCUAAAUGACUGUACCUCUAAUGUCAGCAGCUGCAGUUCUGCCUCUAGUGAUGUCAUUUCAGGAACCCCACAGCCUGUAAGCAGAAGACAGUCUUUCAUAACACUGGAAAAAUUUAAUAGUUCAGAAAACAGACCAUUCAGUCCUACAACUUUCACUGUGUCUGGAACAUCUGCAAGUACUCCUUUAUUAGCCAAACAGGAAUGCAUGAUUGCUUCAGAUGCUUCUUUCAAAGGAAUUCCAGAUGUGGAGAAUAAUAACACCUUCAAACACAAAGUGGAAAAAGCCACCCCCAGACCUAAAAGGUCAAACCUAGAAAUCUUAGGUGCACUGGAGACUUAUGUCAAAGUCAAAAGAUUGAAAGAUGAAAAUAAGGCUAAUUCAAAAUUGCAACCUGAAAGUACACUUGGGAUUAAAAAGUCAAGCCUUAGGCAAAAUAAAACAGAUAAUUCAGAAGAAGAAAAAUCAAAGAUAUCACAGUUGCAACAGGAGAAAAAUAUGCAAGAGUCUCCUGCCAAGCUUGUAGAAGAUAAGUGUGAAUUGCCUGGUGAAAUACAAGAACCAGAAUAUUUGCUAGACAUCCCUUCUCAAGUUUCUGAGUUGAAUGCAGUAGGAUGUACAAUAGAAAAUAAACAAAUUUUGGACAAUGUUGCAGAGACCAAAGCAGGAGCAAACUUAGAUUCUAAAGAGAAUACCCCUCCAGAGCUGACUUUAGCAGCAGCUACAAUAUCUAAUGUUGGCCAAAGUCCACAAGUUUCACCUCAUCCAAAACCGUUAAGACGUUCUUUAAGACGAAAACCAGAAACUGCAGAAGGAGCUUCAGGUAGUCCAGACAAAGAGAACAGUCAACAGAAAAAAGAUGGGCGUAAAGAUGGUGAAAAGGUUCUGCCAAAGAAGAUUUCACAAAGUAAAGAGGCUUCUGCACAAAAGCAAAAAUCUGUUCCUGAUAAAACAAUAGAUGCACAAGGAAGUAUAAAGAAAGAAAUCAAUGUACAUGGGAGCAGGACUGCAGAAGGUACGAUCUUGAAGGACUCCCAUGUUUCAAGAACUAUCCAAGAGGAAACUAGCAUAACUAAUGAAAAAUCUGAAGGAAGUCAAUCAUCUGACAUCAGUGACUUGCAAGAUUCUGUUCCAGAAACAACUGGUGAGAAACCUAAAGGGUUUCCACGGUAUCAGACAAGAAGAACCUCACAGGGAUUACUUACCAGUAUAGAAAACUCUGAGUCUGAUAGUUCUGAAACAAGAGAAGAAGGAACCAAGAGGAAAAGGUUAGGAAGAUCGAAAAAUAAAAGUAGUUCACUUGAAAGCAGUUCAAUUGAAAGCCAGGUGAAGGAAGUGCUAGAAAGCCAAGAGUUUCAUGCAAAACCUGCAACAGAAAUCCAGACCAUGCCACCAGAAAAUAAAGAUGUAAUGCAUUCUGAUGAACACAUGGAAAUAGCACUACUGUCUGGUGUUACUGGUCAAGAGAGAGAGAGAACUACCCUCCCACUUAGUGAAUGUUCAGGACUUGAGCAAGAUAUGGACACUUCCCUUUGUAGAGACUCUUCAGAUACAGAGAGAACUGCUGCCAGAAUGCUGACACGCUCCACUUCAGAGUCAGCUCUGGAAAGCAGGCAGAGAACGACAGUUAUGGAUAAAUGUUCUGAUUCCCCUGCCAAAGGUUUGGAAAGUGGUGCUUAUACUGCUGCUAUCAGUGUCUCUUCUUCACCUGAGAAGUCUUCAGAGACAAGUGAAUGUCAGCACAAAAGAAGCAAGCGGACAAGGAAAUCAAAGAGCUGUAACUGCUGUGGUGAGAAGCCAUCUCCACUGUUGGGAAAGUCUAUCACUGAAAUAAAAAAAGAAGGUAGCCCAAAAAAAGAAGGUAGCCCAAAAAAAGAAGGUAGCCCAAAAAAAGAAGGUACCCCAGAACUAAAGUUAAAAGAGUCUAAAAAGAUGGCUAAUAAAUCAACAAUGGCUUUGCCAAGCAUUCCUGCUGCGGCUGAUUCUCAGUUUGCUGAAAGGCUCAAUAUGGAACCUUGUGCAGCGAGCACACCACUGUCCUCCAUUAGCAAUUCCUCUGCCCUGAAAGAUUCACAUGAGGGUAUCCGAUCUGAAGAGGAUUUGCUAGGAGGUGACACUCCAAAAGAGGAACUCAAGAAAUCAUCCCGUGUCAAAGAUGAGAGUGACACAUCCGUUGCAGAAAAUCUGGAUUGUGUUAGCUUGGCUGAAGCAACUUCAGAACCAAGUUCAGUAGACUCUGAUUCAGUAGAACACAUUGUUCAGUGUCCAUCCUUAAAAGCAGACACGGACCCAGGUGCUGUAAUAACGGGAGAUAGUAAUCAAAAUGGUCAUCCAGAAGGUAGGACUGACGUAGAGAUGAGUGUGAACCAACCUGAAGAAAUAAAGGCCAGCGAAACAAAAGCUGACAUCGUUCAGAAUGUUGUAGACAAGACACCAGUAUCUGUAACAGAGGUACCAGAACUUCAAGAACAGGAUGCAGAAAGCGAUAUAGCCAGCAGAUCAGUAGAACAUGAAAUCUCAGCCUUGGUACAGAAGGAAAAUAGCUCAGAUUCCCCUCUAAAGUUUCAGGAAAUUUAUGCUCUUUCUGUAGCCAAGAUUAGUGAAAGCCCUAAUGGAGUGCAGGCACGCUGUAUUUGGUCUCCAUCAGCUUCUCCCUCUACCAGCAUUUUAAAGAGAGGUGUAAAAAGACAAAAAGAAGAAGAUUCUCCAUCACCUGCAAACAAGGUACUUGAAGUGGCUUUUGUAAAUUUAUAUGUGAAUAUCUCUGUAUUGGAUCUAUAUCCUUUAUACAGUUCAGUAUCCAUUUCUUCCUUAAUAAGAGCUAAAGCCUACAAAAUCUCCAUGAUUUUUUCAUAUCUCCCUCCCUUUUAAGGCUUAAAUAUUUUUUUUCCCUUUUAUACCCCGCCCUCCCCGGCCAGAACUGGGCUCAGGGCGGCUAACACCAAUAAAAUUACAAUAAAACGUAAUAGAAAAAGAAAAAACAGUUAAUUAAAAUACGGGUUAAAAAUACAAUUUAAAAUGCAGCCUCAUUUUAGUAGUAGCCUUUUAAAUUUUUGUGGAGGAAAUGUCUUUUGUCAAUUCAGAAGCUUCUUUUUUGCUUGUAAGAGAUUAAGCUGCUUAUCUUAACAUAAUGUAUCUAACUUACCUAGAAACCUGGGCAUCUGUUACAGCAACAUCUGUAAACUCAGUGGUGCAACUUAGAAUACGGAAUAUCCUGUAUUCCAAAAUGCCCAGCUCCCACACACUGUGCCUUGAAUUGUGACCAUUCUUAAUCAGUGUUGCACACUGUUUCUACUGAUGCCUCACUCCGUGUAUCAUUUAAAACCAUCUACUAGCCUUUGAUGUUUAUCAUCAUUUGCUCCACAGUCAGGCUUCUGGAUUGAUUCGUACUGCAGUUUUUCAUUCCUACGAACAAAAUUGUUCAGGUUCUGCUUUCAGGCUAUCAAUAGGUACCUGCCUACUUUAUACUGCAUUUAUCUGAUUUUGUGUGUGUUGUGUUUUCAUGGUAUUUUGUACAUUGCCCUGAGACAUGUGUGGCAGGUGAUUAAUAAAUAAUAGUUUUAUUUAAUUAGUAGUCACUGCACUCACCAAUGUGAAAUAUCUCAAAUAUUGCUGAAAUCUGCCAGUUUAUCUCAUUCAAACCAGAGAUUAAUUAGAUCAGUAGGUCUCAAAAGUGUAGUAUAGUUCACAACCAGAUCUGAACAUGAGAAAUGCAUAAUUUAUUCUUUUUAGGGAGCCACAUGUCUCCUGUGUUACCCAGACGUAGACAGUUGUCCAAAGUUUCUUACAGUAUAUCCUAUAUAUGUCUACUGAGCUAUAGAGUGGAAACUCAUGCAAAGCAUUGCAUUGCAACUCAAGUCUGCUAUGUUAAAAUUAUGUCACUUGCCAUUGCAGGCUCACUCCCUUUUCCUAGUCACGACUAGUAGAACUUAUUUUUGCUUUAGGGAUUUCCCCCCUUUUGUUAAGGAUGUGCACUUGGGCACACUUUGAGGACCUCUUAUGGUAUAUUGUAUGGGUCUAAAUCAGCUGUACUGACGUAAUGCUUCUUUCUAUAUCAAGUUUGUCAGUCUUGUUUUAAAAAUAUAUGAAUGCUAGCUACUUUGCAGAAAAAAAUCAAUUUCCCUUGAGAAUCAGUCAACACUUUGUGGCUUUGGUAUAUCUUUAUUGUAUAAGACCUUGUUCUUAAAAAUCCAUUGAAUCUCUAUGAACAGAGCCGACGAGUUUCCUUUGCCAAUCCAAUCUACCAGGAAGAAUUGGCAGAUGACAUUGACAGGCGAAGUCCUGUGGUUAGAACCCAUUCUUCCAAUGGUUCUCAGUCUUUCCGAAGUAUUAAAUCUUCACCUAACCACCAAGCCAAGGUAAUACCUGGAAUUCUCUUAUUUUAUUUUUAGUGAGAGAAUGAUCUCUGCGACAUUGAAGAACAUUGCAAUAAACUAAGCUGCUUAUAAUCAUACAAAAGAGUUGAGGCUUGGAUUUGGAGAUCUCUGUGCACAAGUAGAAAGCCUUUUCUGCUCCUCUGUCCAUCCUAAUUUAGCUGUUUGCACCCCACCAUAAACCACUCCUGUAGGUCAGUGGACCUUCCAGAGCAGUAUGUGAUGUGACAUCUGCUGCUGGUGGGGAACCACCCACUUGUGUACAUGAUUAUAUGAUUAUUUUCGGCUCUACAUUCAGGGAAGUAAAAAUGGCAAGGUAAGAUGCCAUUCUCUUAAAUGUGGUUCACUAAUUUAGUUUACUGAAGAAGUAUUGGCUGUCGAUAGUAGUAUGAUCCAUUCCUUUGCACUAGCUUUUGUCCCAUUUUAGGCAAAAGAUUUUAAUAAGACUAGUCAUAAGGUGUUAGGUAAUUCCUAUGAUCCUGAGAGAGCUUUUUUCCUCUUUUCCUAUCCAGCUUAUUACUACUCCAACCAAAGGAUCUCUGUCCCCAGGAUCUCGUAGCCAUAAAUAUAAGAGCUCAAAGAAGUGUUUAGUAAGAUUUGCUUCGGCUUUAUGUAUAUCUUCUCCAUUUUCUCCUGUAUUCAGCUUUUAAACUUAGCCAAAUUAAUAAUUUUCUGUAUUAUUUAAGAUCACAGAAAUGGUCAAGGAGCCGCUACCAAGUCCUACAGAAUGCAUAUAUCCUGCAUUAGUGGGCUGUAAAGCGCCUGUCGACACAAUUUUGCCUCAGAUUACUUCAAAUAUUUGGUAAGUAGGAAGUCACUGGGAAAGAUUCCUGUGUCAAAUGUUGAAGUAUUCUUGACAAAGAAGACUGCUUGGGGCGUAUGGGGGAAGGAAAGAGUAUCUUCAAGGUGCAAUUAUUUUAAUUAAUUAAUUUCUAUACCUCCUUUCAUCCAAGGAUCAGAGUGUGAUUUGCAAUAUAAAAGCAGAAAAAUACCACAUUUUUCUGUGUAUAAGACAAUGCUUUUUGCUAAAAAGGGGGGGGGAAUUGGGUGUGAAUGCAGAGGGGGGACGUGCGAUUAAUUGCAGCAGCAAGCAGGAGAUUUGCAGCGGCGAUCGGGCAGGUGAUUGGUGGCUUCGGCAAGGCCUGCUGGCGAUUGGUUGUGCUUGCAGCAAUAGGCAGGUGAUUGGCGGCUGCAGCAAGUGGGCGGGUGGGCUGUUGAUGGCAGCGAGCGGGCAGACAAUUGGUGGCUGUGGCGAGGUGUGUGAUCGUCAGUGGCAGGCAGGUGGGUGAGCGAUUGGCGGAAGUGACCUCCCCUACCCCCCAUAAAAGCUAAACAACUUAAUUUCUUAAUUUUGGGUUUAAAAUGUAGGGGUCGUCUUAUACAUGGGGGCAUAUUAUACACGGAAAAAUACGGUACAUAACAUAGUAACAACAACAAAAACACCUCCCACUGUGUGCACAAUUUAAAAGGGCAUAGAUUGUAUAACCCAAAGGCCUAGGAGAAGAGGAAUAUUUUUGUCCAGUGCCUAAAGAUAUGUAAUGGAUGUGCCAAGCAAGCAUCUCUGGAGAGAGCAUUUGAUAAACGAGCCAUUGCUGAAAAGGCCCAUUCUCAUGUUGCCACCCUCCAGGCCUCUAAUGGAGGGGGCACAUGAAGAAGGGCCUCAGGUGAUGAUUGCAGGAUCUGGGUCGGUUUAUACAAGGAGAAGCAGUCUUUGAGGUAUUGUGUUCCUGAGCUGUUUAAGGCUCUGCGCUGCUCACUUAAAGCUACCAACACAAUGCUGUUCUCUCCUUUUUGUGUUAUGUUUUGUUUCCUUGCCCCCAUCCCACUCUGGCCUACUAGACACUCAUCUUGGUUAGGAAUUUGGAAGACAUGCGGAUGGCGGAUGAGGUAGGGCAGUCCUGGGCGCAAACUUCCUUCUCUUCCUCAUAGCAACCACUGCAGCUGAAAUGGGCCUUUGAAGAUAAGCAGUAGUCAUCCGCUGCAAGAUUGGAAGCGAAUGCUUCCAGCACCUCAUGAUGUCGACUUAUUCUUAUGAAUGAUACAAGGAAGGGAGCUAGGGAUUCCUAGAAAGUCCCAAUGCUUUGUUUGAUCUCACUUUGCUAAAGAGUUUUUUUUUUUUAAUCUGGCCACCCGCUAAGUGUGAUAGGUGGGUUGUUUUUUAAACUUUGGUGCGCAUAGCUGGAGGAAGUUCCAGUUUGGUCUGGGAGAUUGAGACCUCCUCCCUAGCAGAGGAGUUAAACUGCAAGCUGGCCCUGUCUCCUGUUGAUGGAGUGACAAACCAAAUGUCUUCCUUAUUCUCACCAGAACAUGUCUACCUUCACACAGUGUUUCUUGACAUACAAAUUUCAGAAGUAGAGCUGUUGCAUGCAGAGAAAUUGGGGGUGGGGCUCAAGUGCCUGUCCCACCUUUCUUCCAGCAAAUUCCCCACACAGCCACCCAAGCUUCUGAAUAAAGGAUUUAUGCACGCACUUUGAAAGUAGAAGAGUUGCAUAUACAUAGACUAGAUAUUGGGUAACUUAAUUGUAGAAAUCCUGUGUUAAAGUAGAAAAAUGAUUUUUGAAAAGAGUCCUUUUGUAUUUCAAAGAUAAGCAUUUUAAUGUGGUUGUCUUUCUUACCUUGUCCAUAGAAUGUUACGUAAGAAGAGGUGGGGGGACUAACACUUCUCCCUUUGAUUUGGCUAAGGGCAAGGGGAUUAGGACAACUCAUUCGAGCAAAGAACAUCAGGACUGUAGGUGACUUGAGUUCUCUGACAUCAGCCGAGAUCAAAACUCUUCCCAUUCGUUCUCCCAAAGUAUCCAAUGUUAAAAGAGCUCUUAAAGGAUACCAUGACCAACAGGUUAGUUUCUUUGCAUUAUAAUAAAAUAAGUAAAAUCUGAAAUGUGGGCUUGUUUUUGUAUCAGAAAUCUUUUUUGCAGAACACUUAGUCCAAGAGGCAUUAUUUUGUAUUGUUUAUAUUGCAGUUUUAUGUUGAGAUCUUUUCUGAGAUCUACGGGUAUAGGGCAGUAUACAGAUUUAAAUCAUCAUCAUCAUCACUACUAUUUGAAAUUAAAAUAAAAAGAGCAAGUCUGAUCACACAACAAGAUGUUGCCAUGUAUCCACUAUUCAUAACAGGAGAGCUUCUGUCCAGGGCUUUACCAGUGUGGAACUUUGAGCCUUGUUUGAGUUUAGCGGGUGAAAGGGAAGACUGCUCUGUUACUACUGCUCUUCUUGCUUUGCAUUUGCUGGGAAAUGGAAUAAUAUCUACAAAGAUAUGUAUUCUUGUUUCCUAUCCUCCUGAAAUCACUGUAUUAUAGAGCACUUAGGCUCUGGUUUAGAGUUGACUUCCAGGCUCUAGUACUUGAGGACUUUACUGCUAUGCAGCAGAAACAGGAAAGAUUAUAGAGAGUGUAAAAGGAGCAAGGUGUCAGCUUCCUCGCCUUCAUGAAGAAACCCCACAUAGCAUGGGGAUGGGAGGUAAUAAAACACCUUGUGGAACACAUUUCCCUUACCUGCUUCCCUUCCCUCUCCAUGCUAAAGCUGUCACACUUCAGCAAGUCAAUGUCCCACUUCUUCCCCUUCCUUAAUUUAAAAAUCUUGAACUGGACUCAACUGCCCUCAAUCUUUCAUAUGUCCUGGAACUCAAUGAAUGUAGGUUUUUGUUUAGUCGUUUGGGGGUUCCUCUCCAAAAAUGUACAGCUACGUUUUUUAAAAUGUAAGCUUAUAGUUGCAAGGUAGUUCUGCUUUUAUUUUUUGUACAAAACAUUCUAUCCCACCUUUAUGUUGCAUAUGCAAUACUCAGGGUGAGUAAGAGCAGCUAAAACAAACUAUGAACUGCAGUAGUAUUCCAAAAUACAUAACUGGGAAAUCAAAGACAACAUGGGUGGUAACAAAGAUGGCAGAUAUAAGAGGGAUAUGGUAUUAUACAAAGAGAGAGAUAAAGUGUAUUCUAAAAUACUUUGCUCCACACAAUACAUUCUGCUUGACUUACAACAUUGCGUAACACAAUGCUGGAUCCGCAAGCACCUAUGAAUUGCAAGACCAGUGAAUAAUACUCAUGCAGAGUAUCUUAUCUCUCCUGAGCAGAAACACUUCUUCUUUGUCUGGAUUAAUUUUUUUUAACAGUUAGCAGCCAUCCAACCCAUUACUGGUUCCAGACACUGAUUCAGAACUUCAGCAGCUUUCCUGGUACUCAUGGCCACCAGACACCCCCUCCUGUUGAAGAAGGAAUACUAUUAAUUAGCUAUAAAUUAUAUUUCUCAUCUGUAUUCAAUUUUGCUUCCAAUUGAAAUAUAUUGCAAUAAAAUCUCUCCCCCCCCCCCCAAAUGUGCAGGUACGAUCUCAUGGAUUUGAAGAAAAUGCUGGCCUGGAUGAUGUAGAAAAGCCAGUGAAUGGCAUUGAUGAGAAGUCCUGUUCCACAAAUGAAGAUAAAAUGGAAACAGGUAAAUAUUGCUUGCCAUUGUGCAGUUUUGAUGCCUGAACUGGAAUGCAGACUGGGUAUGUUUGCUUCCCAGGUUAAAUCCAUUGUCUACAUUACCUGUAGCAGUGUGAUUGCUGUCAUUCCACAGCUGGUCCAAAAAGGGCAAGCAAUUUCUCCUAUAUGAUUAAGGCUGUUACACACCAUUCUAGCAUUGCCUACCCAUUAGGGCUGUAGUUAGUAUGGUAUGUAAUUGCACAAAUAAGAAUUGUGGCCUCGUUGAAUUUGAGUAGGCUCUAGUUUGAUUCUAAAUAGGAAAUCUCUGUAUGUGUGAACUUUCUUUCUUCCUAGACUUGAGCGAGCCAGUUUCCUCCACUGCAGAUGAGCAAUCAACUACAGACCUUUUGGCCCAGAUUGAUAUAUUUGCUCCGCAGUUUACUUCUGAAAAUCUUCUCAACUAUUCAGUGAGUGAACUCUUUGAAAUGCAAGAGAAACUACAUAGCAUGACAAACUGUAUUAUGAAAAACCUGCAGGCUCGUUGGAAGUCACCAACCCGGGAAAGCACUGUUUAAUCAUCUGUACUUAUCUCUCAGAAGAGAAGACUUCAUAGUGAGACAUUUUUGUUUCUAAAAUCCCUUUAUUUUUAUUUGAGCUGAACACUCACUUAAAAACAUCCCAGAAGAAUAAAAGAGAUCUUCGUCACUCAAGGCAGGUAUGGCAUCAGUCUGUAUAUCUUAAUAAGUAAGUUUGGUACAUUCACUAUUCAAGUGUUUUUAUUGCUGUUGCACACAGUUUCCCACAAAGAAAUCAACUUGCUGAGUAUUUUAACUAUAUUUUUGAAUGCAGAUUUAUAUUUUAUUCCUAUAUUUAAAAACAGCAACAAAGUUCACUAUGCGGAAUGAAUCUUGAGAUGCUGAGUGAUUUACCAAAAGUGAUGCCAACUUUUUUGCUACUGGUGUUUUGGAAAACAGUGGCUCUAUAGUCUGUCUUCAUAUUAAGAUGUACUGUACUUAAUUAGUGCUUCAAAAAAAAAAAAAGGAUUUCCAAACAAUUUUUCUACCAUUUCACAGCUCUAUUUUUGCAUGCACUUAUUAUGCAAAAAGGAGAAAAAUGUAUAUUGGUUUGAAAUUCUGAUGCAGUAUUUUCAAGCUCAAAUCUCAUGUGCUACAGAAUUUUUAUAUUUAUCGGAGUUAUACUUGUCCCACUCUCAGAGUCAUGUCAAUUAGACAUAAAUAACUGUACAUUAUGUGUAGAUAAUAGCAAUUCUAGACAUUAUUAAUUAUGAUCUGAGAUUUGUUAAAACAUUGGAUGGGAAAAAUUGUGUUUGUAUAAAGCACACAGUUUGCCGUUCUGGAGAAGUAACAAUGGGAUCUGUUUCACUUUUUUUGGCAAUAAAUAUAUAUGUAUAUAUGAAUAAAAUAAUGAACUCUUAUUUAGAAUUGUAUUUUGAAGAGAACUUGGUUUUAAUUGUGUCUUGAUUUAAUGGAUCUGGCAGUUCCUUUUUCAUCUAAAUCUGUUGAAAUGGGCUUUGAAAAGGGAAUUGAAGUAGAGCUUGGAGAGAUACCCUCCUCCCACUUGAGGUCUUGCAUGGUCCUAUUACUUAGUGUCUUUUAGUGCUUGUCCUUCAUUGGGCUAGUGUCCUGGCCUCUUAAUGCUGUUUUGCUGGCUGGGGUUGAUGGGAAUUGGGCCUCAAACUCCUGGAGGGCAUCAUGUUGCAGGAGGGAACUCUAAAUAUUUUUCUUUGAAAUCUAUGCUUAUAUGUCUACCCAGAACUUACAGUUUGGUAUGUGGGUGUAGAUUGAUCAACAUCAUGAUAUGAUUUAAGGCAAUGUACAGAUACUUUAUUCUGACUGAAUUCAGUGCCGAGCUUUCAGAUACUUAUGUGGUUAGUAUGUAUUGCUACUAGCAUUUAAUCACUCUGUCAUGCUGGCAGUGUGCUACACCCAGAAUUAGCCUGUUUCCCCCCCAAAUCUACAUUAGAUACAAACAGGUUUCAAUCUGAGUAGGGUUCUCAGCUGAUAACUGGUGGCAAUUGAGUCUUUGUUUCAUUGUAUAUUUGCAUAUGAAAGAGGUCUGAAGGGAAAAUGCUUUGUUGCAGUAAGCGAUUUCUUUUGUGUGUGUUUUUUAGGUUUUUAUUGUUUAAUUGGUUUUAGUAUUUAAUUUGUGUCUGUAAGUUGAUUUGAGUCAUUUAUUAAGUGUUUUACUCAGCAGAAGGGAUGUCUCUUUAAUCAUUAAUAUUUUUCUAAGAUACAAAAUCAAGGAAACUUUGUAGUAGCUUAGAGUUUUUAAUGUAGUGAAUUCCAUUGAUUGUUGCGUCCCAUCUAUAUAGAUGCAGAGAGGAUGUAUUGGAGAAGAGGCAGGUUAUGUACUAUGUUGGUAGAGCUGGUAGGGGCUUUGUUGAACUCCCAAGGGAUGGGAAACUGCUUAAUAAGGAGUCACAGUUUGAGUGUGCUAUGGGCCACAUUUCACUCCCACCCGUCUGUGGUGGCUACUCUUACCUUGCAGCUGCAUUUCUCAGAUUUCUUCAGGUGAAAGAUGCUCUUCUUUAG